GGGGCCGGGCGCGGCGGCCGGCGGCGCGGGGGCCGCCAGAGCAUCCUGCGCCCCGGCGCGGGGCCCAGCGGUAUCCUCAGGCUGCUCCCCUGGACCUGCCGCCGACCCAGGUGCGGGAUACAGAACCUGCAGCCAUGGCCGCCCACGUCACCCUGGAAGAUGCCCUAUCCAAUGUGGACCUGCUGGAGGAGCUGCCCCUCCCCGACCAGCAGCCAUGUAUCGAGCCUCCCCCUUCCUCCAUCAUGUACCAGGCUAACUUUGACACGAACUUUGAGGAUAGGAAUGCAUUUGUCACGGGCAUCGCAAGGUACAUUGAGCAGGCUACGGUGCACUCCAGCAUGAAUGAAAUGCUGGAAGAAGGACACGAGUAUGCAGUCAUGCUGUACACCUGGCGCAGCUGUUCCCGGGCCAUUCCCCAGGUGAAAUGCAAUGAGCAGCCCAACCGAGUGGAGAUCUAUGAGAAGACAGUGGAGGUGCUGGAGCCUGAGGUCACCAAGCUCAUGAAGUUCAUGUACUUUCAGCGCAAGGCCAUCGAGCGGUUCUGCAGUGAGGUGAAGCGGCUGUGCCAUGCCGAGCGGAGGAAGGACUUUGUCUCUGAGGCCUACCUUUUGACCCUGGGCAAGUUCAUCAAUAUGUUUGCUGUCCUGGAUGAGCUGAAGAAUAUGAAGUGCAGUGUCAAGAAUGAUCACUCAGCCUACAAGAGGGCAGCGCAGUUUCUGAGGAAGAUGGCGGAUCCGCAGUCUAUCCAGGAGUCACAGAACCUUUCCAUGUUCCUGGCCAACCACAAUAGGAUCACCCAGUGUCUCCAUCAGCAACUGGAAGUGAUCCCUGGCUAUGAGGAGCUGCUGGCGGAUAUCGUCAACAUCUGCGUGGAUUACUACGAGAACAAGAUGUAUCUGACCCCCAGUGAGAAGCACAUGCUCCUCAAGGUAAUGGGUUUUGGUCUCUACCUGAUGGAUGGAAAUGUCAGUAACAUUUACAAACUGGAUGCCAAGAAGAGAAUCAACCUCAGCAAAAUCGAUAAGUUCUUUAAGCAGCUGCAGGUGGUGCCCCUUUUCGGCGACAUGCAGAUAGAGCUGGCCAGAUACAUUAAGACCAGUGCUCACUAUGAAGAGAACAAGUCCAAGUGGACGUGCACACAGAGCAGCAUCAGCCCCCAGUACAACAUCUGUGAGCAGAUGGUUCAGAUCCGGGAUGAUCACAUCCGCUUCAUCUCCGAACUUGCUCGCUACAGCAACAGCGAGGUGGUGACGGGCUCCGGGCUGGACAGCCAGAAGUCAGACGAGGAGUACCGCGAGCUCUUCGACCUGGCCCUGCGGGGCCUGCAGCUCUUAUCCAAGUGGAGUGCCCACGUCAUGGAAGUGUACUCUUGGAAGCUGGUCCACCCCACAGACAAGUUCUGCAACAAGGACUGCCCUGGCACGGCGGAGGAGUACGAGAGAGCCACACGCUACAACUACACCAGCGAGGAGAAGUUUGCCUUCGUGGAGGUGAUCGCCAUGAUCAAAGGCCUGCAGGUCCUCAUGGGCAGGAUGGAGAGUGUCUUCAACCAGGCCAUCAGGAACACCAUCUACGCGGCCCUGCAGGACUUUGCCCAGGUGACGUUGCGCGAGCCCCUGAGGCAGGCCGUGCGGAAGAAGAAGAACGUCCUCAUCAGUGUCUUGCAGGCAAUUCGGAAAACCAUCUGUGACUGGGAGGGGGGCCGAGAGCCCCCCAAUGACCCGUGUUUGAGAGGGGAGAAGGAUCCCAAAGGGGGAUUUGAAAUCAAAGUGCCUCGGCGUGCCGUGGGGCCCUCCAGCACACAGGCCUGCCAGUGGUCCCCGCGGGCUUUGUUUCACCCCACUGGUGGCACACAGGGCCGAAGAGGCUGCCGAUCCCUGCUGUACAUGGUGCGGACCAUGCUCGAAUCGCUCAUCGCAGACAAAAGCGGCUCCAAGAAGACCCUGAGGAGCAGCCUUGAUGGGCCCAUCGUCCUCGCCAUAGAGGAUUUCCACAAACAGUCCUUCUUCUUCACACACCUGCUCAACAUCAGCGAAGCCCUGCAGCAAUGUUGUGAUCUGUCCCAACUCUGGUUCCGAGAAUUCUUCCUGGAGUUAACCAUGGGUCGGCGAAUCCAGUUCCCUAUUGAGAUGUCCAUGCCAUGGAUUCUGACAGACCAUAUCUUGGAAACCAAAGAACCUUCCAUGAUGGAGUACGUCCUCUACCCUUUGGAUCUGUACAACGACAGCGCCUACUAUGCUCUGACCAAGUUCAAGAAGCAGUUCCUGUACGAUGAGAUUGAGGCCGAGGUGAACCUGUGUUUUGAUCAGUUUGUCUACAAGCUGGCAGACCAGAUCUUUGCUUACUACAAAGCCAUGGCUGGCAGUGUCCUGUUGGAUAAACGUUUUAGGGCUGAGUGUAAGAAUUAUGGAGUCAUCAUUCCGUACCCGCCAUCUAACCGCUAUGAAACGCUUCUGAAGCAGAGACAUGUCCAGCUCUUGGGUAGAUCGAUUGACCUGAACAGACUCAUUACCCAGCGCAUCUCUGCCGCCAUGUAUAAAUCCUUGGACCAGGCCAUCAGCCGCUUUGAGAGUGAGGACCUGACCUCCAUUGUGGAGCUGGAAUGGCUGCUGGAGAUCAACCGGCUCACACACCGGCUGCUGUGUAAGCACAUGACCUUGGACAGCUUUGAUGCCAUGUUCCGGGAGGCCAAUCACAACGUGUCUGCGCCCUAUGGCCGCAUCACCCUGCACGUCUUCUGGGAGCUGAACUUUGACUUCCUCCCCAACUACUGCUACAAUGGGUCCACCAACCGUUUUGUCCGAACUGCCAUUCCUUUCACCCAAGAACCACAAAGAGAUAAACCUGCCAACGUCCAGCCUUAUUACCUCUAUGGGUCCAAGCCUCUCAACAUUGCCUAUAGCCACAUCUACAGCUCCUACAGGAACUUUGUGGGGCCCCCUCAUUUUAAGACCAUCUGCAGACUCCUGGGUUACCAGGGCAUCGCUGUGGUCAUGGAGGAACUGCUGAAGAUCGUCAAGAGCUUGCUCCAAGGGACCAUUCUCCAGUAUGUGAAAACACUGAUCGAGGUGAUGCCCAAGAUCUGCCGCCUGCCCCGGCAUGAGUAUGGCUCCCCAGGGAUCCUGGAGUUCUUCCAUCACCAGCUGAAGGACAUCAUUGAGUAUGCUGAGCUCAAAACAGAUGUGUUCCAGAGCCUGAGGGAGGUGGGCAAUGCCAUCCUGUUCUGCCUGCUCAUAGAGCAAGCCCUGUCUCAAGAAGAAGUCUGUGAUUUGCUGCAUGCUGCACCCUUCCAAAACAUCUUGCCUAGAGUCUACAUCAAAGAGGGGGAGCGUCUGGAGGUCCGGAUGAAACGCCUGGAAGCCAAGUAUGCCCCGCUUCACCUGGUCCCUCUGAUAGAGCGGCUAGGGACCCCUCAGCAAAUCGCCAUUGCUCGGGAGGGUGACCUGCUGACCAAGGAGCGGCUGUGCUGUGGCCUGUCCAUGUUUGAGGUCAUCCUGACCCGCAUUCGGAGCUACCUGCAGGACCCCAUCUGGCGAGGCCCACCACCCACCAAUGGUGUCAUGCAUGUGGAUGAGUGCGUGGAAUUCCACCGGCUCUGGAGUGCCAUGCAGUUUGUCUACUGCAUCCCCGUGGGGACCAACGAGUUCACAGCUGAGCAGUGCUUCGGGGACGGCUUGAACUGGGCUGGCUGCUCCAUUAUUGUCUUGCUGGGCCAGCAGCGCCGCUUUGACCUGUUUGACUUCUGUUACCACUUGCUUAAAGUCCAGAGGCAGGACGGGAAGGAUGAAAUCAUUAAGAAUGUGCCCCUGAAGAAGAUGGCAGAUAGAAUUAGGAAGUACCAGAUCUUGAACAAUGAGGUUUUUGCCAUCCUGAACAAGUACAUGAAGUCUGUGGAAACAGACAGCUCCACCGUGGAACAUGUGCGCUGCUUCCAGCCGCCCAUCCAUCAGUCCCUGGCCACCACCUGCUAGGCCAGAGGACCUGCAGACCCUCGACUGGGAGAAUCAGCAGCAGGAGAGGAAACCAUGGCCAGCCUGCACCAGGGCUGACGAUCACGUGUGGGAUGGACCUAGAAGCAGACCAGAACCUCCCCAAACACAUCUCCUCCUCCCAAGGGCUGGGCCAGUGCAUGCUCUCCCCUGACAUCUCCAUGGUGGUUUUUCCAUAGUGUAAAUGAAAAACAAAACUAAACAAAAAAAGAAACAGGGCACUAUGUGCUUUUUUCCCUUUUUUCCCUGAGCCGUGUGAAGAGCCCUAGUUCCACUCUUUUCCAUCUCACGGUCCCACCCUACAUCCAUGGUUGCUUCCCAAGACCUCCUCCCAAGAUGACAACACCCUACCCAGUGCCCACAUGUGACCUCAGGACUGAAGUCUCAGAGAUCAAGUAAAAGAGCAUGGCCACACCCUGAGAUGGCAGUCUGGCCGGACAGGCGUGCCUACACUUACUGGCUUCUUCACCUCCUCUGGCUCCCUCCCCCCAUUUUCCCAGGUGGCAGCAUCUCCUCCUGCUCUGGACACCAGGGAGGCUACCACCAAGAGUGCUCCUGAAGCAGGCGCAGGAGCCGGGGUGAACAGAGGGCGAGGUUCCCGAUAUUAGAGCCGUGGUCAAUGGUAUUGGGCCUGGCCUUCUGCAGAUUCCCCAAACCAUACCCUAACCCCCCUCUCAGGGCACUCCCGGAGAAAACUCAGAAAUGUACUCACAACCAUGUCCCACUGAGUGGAAUUGGGGCAGGAAGAUGGUCAGGCGCCCUGUGUGGAGGCAGUAUUUAUGAACACAGCCAGGAAUCUCAGAACCCCAAACAGAAGGCAGUUAGACCAUGCUGAGAUGGCCCCUUUAUUCAUUAAGCAGACACAUGGUGAGCUCCAAGCCUCCCAGGGCAGUGGGCACCAGGAACGCAGUGUUGACCAAGUCAGGCAUGUGCCGCCCACAGGCGCUGGCAGCCAAGUUAGGCACCAUUUCUUUGCUCAGACUCAUCAGGGGAAACUCCUACCAGAAGGAAAAUACUAAAAAGGUACUUCAGCAAAAGCCAAAAGCAUAUAUAUUAGGGUCAGGGAGGUGAGGCGUACAAAUAACCCCCAUCAGUGAGCCUUUAAUCCCAAUAUGCGCCCCCAAAAAGGAGUCCUGUUUUAGUGAGCCAGGACUUCCAUUGUCUCGGAAGCUGAAAGAUGCUUGGGACGUUUUGUCUUUUGCUAUCAAUUUCAUUAAUGUUUCUUAACUUAGAUUUUGAGGUACAGGGCAUAUCUCACAAGGGCAGAUCUACUUCCUUUUCCCAGGCUGAACCAGACUUCCUUGCAGAAUCUCCUUCCAUGCGUGGGGAACCUGUUCAGAAGGAUGGAAGCCUUGGGAAAGUGAAUGUUGAUUACAGAGCACCUCCUCAAAGGGAGACUGUGACCUGGAGUUCGUAAGAAAAUAUAAAGUGAGGCAUUUGAUAUUUCUCUCCCAGCCCAGAGAGGAAAAGAAAAGAGAGAAAAUAGAAUAAUAAGGAUCCUGUCCCUCAGGGUAGAUGAGUGGGAAGGGUCACCAUUAAUCAGAUGCCCAUUCUAACCCCAUGGGAAGGGCAACGACGUGUCUGUAGGAAGAAGUUUGUGUGAUACACUCUGCUCACCAGGGAGGAGAAAGGUAGGGCCUGCCAAGUGUGGCCCAAAGGCCGCCUCCAUUAGGCCCCCUGAGGUUAGCACACUGAGCGCAGUCUCCUGGACCCCCCCUCACACCCACUAACUCAGCAUCUCUGGGAGUAAUGUCAAGAAAUGAGCACUGUCCACAGACUCUGAGUUGUUCUCUUGCUCACACAAGCCUGAGGACCACUGCGGUGGAAUCCUCUCUCCUGCUCACCUUGGGCUUUGAGCUCCCACUGAGCCAUGAAAGAAAACAUUGAUCAUUAGUAGGGAAGGAAAGUGGGUUAGAGUGGAAGCUCCUGUCUGGAGCUGCCCCUUCCUAUUUUGAUAUCUAAGUUUUUCUCUUGAUGACAGCUGAUGUGUACCAAAGGCAAAGAGAGGUGAAACAACAUGGUAGAACACGCCUUUAGGCUGACAUGACACCUCUAAGCUCCAGGCCUUCCAAAUUUUCAGUCCUACGUGGGAACAGCAGCUCUUUCAGACACGUGAUGAGCUAUGAAGUCUUAGAGUUCAUUCCAAAUCCCUGACCGUUGCUUUUGUGGGGAUUUGAAUUAUCGAUAUGGUGAGAUUGCUUUUGCAGCAACCCUCCCUUCCCACCCUGCAUUCAUAACCCUGAGUUUGACCCUCUGGGCAGAAUCCCAUUAUUGUCAAGAGACUUGAUCCCAGUAAAUUGAAGUCUUCACCUUCAGCAGAGACAUUUCAUAUCCCUGGCUUGCCAGCAGCCUUUAUUUAUGAACACCAAACAGGCUUAAUAUUCUUUCCUCCUUGAUAUUACUGCCGCCUCUUUUUUUGUGUGUGUCUAAGAACCAGAAAAAAACAUCUUAGGUUUUAAAAAGUUUUAAAAAAAUUGUUUCAGAAAUUGUCAAAUGUACCAUAUUUGUAUUAAGAGUUGUUGGGGAAUUUUGUACAAUGAAUUUACAUUUAUUUAUGGUGACUUAUAUUUACGCUUGUGAUCAAAGAACAAUGUUAAAUUCUUAAAUCAUAUUUGCUAUGCAGCUGAAGACAAUAUUUUGCUUUGUAUUUUGGGUACCUGUGUUAAGUUGAUAAACAUUUCCAUCUCCAUUAAAACUGCUUCCAGACUAGUGAAACCAG